AAGCCUCGAAAGACGCAAACAAUCAGUUGGGCUCUAUCUAACUUUCUCUCGCGUCACUCUGCAAAAUGUCCAGCUAAAGACUACAGAGAGAACCGAGUCUUUGAGAGAGGCGCUUACUCCCCCCUAUCCUGGCACCUCCGCUCUCGCUCUUCUUACUUUUCCAUAUCCAAUUCUCUUGUUUCUUCGUCUUCUAUGGAGUUUGAAGUGAGGCAUGUCGGUGGAAUUGAAAAUUGCUUUGUAUCCCUCCCUUUCCAACUACUACAAACCCUCGAAUCCACUCGCCCUGGUGGUAUCCUCCCUCAAGUUCUCACCCUCGAGCUUCGCUCUCCAAGCAUAAACAACCAAUGGGUUGUAGCUUGGUCCGGCGCUACCUCUUCUUCUUUCGCUAUUGAGGUUUCUCGACAGUUUGCGGAUUGCAUUUCCUUGCCGGACCAUACCAGUGUUCAAGUCAGAGCUGUUUCAAAUGUGGCAAGUGCUACAUUGGUAACUAUAGAGCCCAGUAGUGAGGAUGAUUGGGAAGUUUUAGAACUUAACUCGGAGCAAGCGGAGGCAGCCAUAUUAAAGCAGGUCAGGAUUGUCCAUCAAGCAAUGAGAUUUCCUUUGUGGCUGCAUGGUCAUACUUCUGUCACAUUUCUUGUGGUUUCAACAUUUCCCAAGAAUGUGGUGGUUCAACUUGUGCCAGGAACUGAAGUUGCUGUUGCUCCAAAGAGACGCAAAACGGAUGUAAACAAACAAGAUACUGUGAUACAGUCGUCUAAUAAAGAGUUCAAUAGUGCAAAGGCAUUAUUGCGUCUCCAGGAUUCAGAUAGAAGAUUCUUCCACAAAAGUGAGGUCAAAGGUGUUGAGCUGGGUAUUGUGCUCUCUUCUGUUGCUUACAUGCAUCCUGAAACUGCCAAAAAAAUUUCACUGGAUUCUCAUCAGUUGGUUACUGUUGUACCAAGAUUAUCAUCCAAAGGGACCAUGAGAACACCUGAAAAUGAUGUUAUGAGGACAAAAACUUCUUCUACCCUUAAGGAAAUUAAUAAUGAUACUUUGACUGAUAAGAAAGAAUAUCGCCAAGCAAUUGUUCGCAUUUUGUUUUCAGAUUCAGUGGCUAAAGGACAUCUAAUGAUAGCACAGUCUCUUUGUCUGUAUUUGAGAGUGAGCCUGCACUCAUGGGUUUAUUUAAAGAUGUGCAAAUCAGAUUUGAGGGAAGAUAUUGCCUCUCUAUCGCUUUCUCCUUGCUACUUUAAGAUGCCUGGACAGGAUAAGUCUAUUGAGAAGAAUGGUCUUGAAGUGCUUGAUAGUCAUAGAGGUCGAAAGCCAAGAAACAUGCUUUCAGAAACCAUCUCAGGCACCUAUGUGGGUACUGUAGAUGUUUCAAUCCAUGACAAAAUUGUUACUGCUCUUUCACAUGACUUGCAUUGUAAAGAGGAUUUAGAUACCACUUCUCAGUCUGAUAAUAGACAGGGAUUAAGAAGACUUCUUCAAGCCUGGUUUCUUGCACAACUUGAUGCUAUUGUUUCAACUUCUGGAGUGGAAGCUAAUUCAUUAGUUUUAGGAAAAGAAACUGUAUUACACUUUGAAGUGAAAGGAUGUGACUUUGAUAAGUUUAAGGUACAGGCUUCAAAUGAAUCAGUUGAGAACAGAAAAAACAUUGGUGAAGUACCACUUGAAUUUCUAUUUUUGCUGACCAUUUCUGGGGAAUCUCUACAUGCUGGAAAAGUUAACUCAUACAAGCUUACCUUUGACAAAAGCAAAAGGGAUAUUUUAGCAGGCAUGGAGUUGUUUGGAAAACUGAAGUUGGGUGACCCUGUAUCCUUGUAUACACUCAAGGAGAGAAGCCCCGUCAAAGGCUUUAGUACAAAUAUAUCUUCUUUAAGCUGGAUGGGAACAACUGCUACUGAUGUAAUUAAUAGAAUUAAGGUGUUACUGUCUCCUGCUUCUGGGAUGUUAUUCAGUAAUUACAAUCUUCCUCUCCCUGGACAUGUUUUGAUUUAUGGACCUCAUGGUUCUGGUAAGACUAUUUUAGCAAGAGCAGUUGCAAAGUCCCUUGAAGAAUGUCAAGAGCUUUUAGCACACAUAGUGUUUGUAGGCUGCUCUGGCCUUGCUCUAGAAAAGGCCUCAACCAUUCGUCAAGCGCUUUCUGGUUACAUAUCUGAAGCUUUGGAUCGAGCACCAUCUCUCAUUAUCUUUGAUGAUCUUGAUAGCAUUAUUUCAUCCCCUUCUGACACAGAAGGGCAUCAAUCGUUAACCUCCGUUGUUUCUCUUACAAAAUUUCUCACAGACAUUAUGGACGAAUAUGGGGAAAAAAGGAAGCACUCAUGCGGAAUUGGACCCCUUGCUUUUAUAGCUUCCGCGCAGACUCUGGAGAAUAUUCCACAGUCAUUAAGCUCUUCAGGUCGGUUCGACUUUCAUGUACAAUUGCCCGCUCCUGCUGCCUCAGAACGCCAGGCUAUACUAAGGCAUGAAAUCCGGAGGCGUUCCCUUCAAUGUUCUGAAAAUAUCUUGUUAGAUGUAGCUUCCAAAUGUGAUGGUUACGAUGCAUAUGAUCUGGAAAUAUUGGUUGAUAGAACUGUACAUGCUGCAAUUGGACGCUUUCUGCCUUCUCAUUGUACUUUGGAAAAGCACGAGGUACCUACUUUGGUCAGGGAUGAUUUUUCUCGGGCAAUGCAUGAUUUCCUUCCUGUUGCCAUGCGCGACAUUACUAAAUCUGCUCCUGAAGGUGGUCGCUCUGGGUGGGAUGAUGUUGGCGGUCUGAAAGACAUAAGAAGUGCUAUUAAAGAGAUGAUUGAAUUGCCUUCAAAGUUCCCAAACAUUUUUGCUAAAGCUCCUUUAAGAUUGCGAUCAAAUGUUCUCUUAUAUGGUCCUCCUGGUUGUGGCAAGACUCACAUUGUUGGUGCGGCUGCUGCAGCUUGUUCGUUACGAUUUAUGUCAGUGAAAGGGCCUGAACUGUUGAACAAAUAUAUUGGUGCUUCUGAGCAAGCUGUUCGUGAUAUCUUUGCGAAAGCUACAGCAGCGGCACCAUGCCUUCUCUUUUUUGAUGAAUUUGAUUCCAUUGCCCCAAAAAGAGGGCAUGACAAUACCGGAGUUACUGAUCGUGUUGUUAAUCAAUUUCUCACUGAAUUAGAUGGUGUUGAAGUAUUAACUGGUGUUUUCGUCUUUGCUGCUACAAGUAGACCAGAUCUACUGGAUGCUGCAUUGCUUAGACCUGGUCGGUUGGAUAGACUUCUUUUCUGCGAUUUUCCAUCUCAGCAGGAGAGGCUGGACAUCCUUUCUGUUCUUUCUAGAAAGCUGCCGCUGGACGAUGAUGUUGACUUGGAUGCCAUAGCUUAUAUAACAGAAGGAUUUAGCGGAGCUGACCUCCAAGCUCUUCUGUCAGACGCACAGCUUGCAGCAGUUCAUGAACACCUGAGUGCAGAUAGCGGUAAACCAGGGAAAAUGCCAAUUAUAACUGAUGCCUUGUUGAAGUCUGUUGCUUCCAAAGCAAGACCGUCCACUUCUGAAUCUGAGAAGCAGAGGCUAUAUAGCAUAUAUAGCCAAUUCUUGGAUUCAAAGAAAUCUGCUGCUGCUCAGUCAAGGGAUGCAAAAGGCAAAAGAGCUACUCUAGCAUGACAAAUGAACAUAACGAUUCUCUGUCACACUCAAUGAGUUGGGAAUUCCCAAAUGAUUAGUAGAAAAAGCCACGUUAAUUGAAAGAUGAGAACAUACCGUCACCCGCAUUUUCCUCCCUCCAUGCUGAGUAGGUAUAGCCUUCGUUCAUUUCCAAUAUUUGGAACUUGUUUUGAUGUAUCAGGCUAUGUAUAGGGUUUGUUCGUUUAUUGUCAAGGGAAUUCGUAUAACGCAAACGUAAAGGAUAAUUAAGUAAACUUGGUUAAUUCCCAAAUUAACUACAAAUGUGGCAUCGCUAGUUCAAACAUGGAUGAACCAGAAUCAAAUUAAAUACGACACAAUUGGUUUCGUGUG